GUCACGUGAGCCGCCAAGAUGGCGGCGCUGGGGCGGGAGCCUCGGCUUGGCCUGAGGAGUCCGAGUGUGGCGCCCGUGGGCGCCGAGGAAGAGCCCCAGGGCCUUACGGGGGCAGCAUAUACACAUGGUCAGCCCAGCCUUUCUCUGGGAGAUGGAAUGCUCAGAAGAACAGUGAUUUUUGAAUUCAUAGAAAAGAAAUUGGAAUACCUUAGAAAUGAAAAGACUUUAAAAAGAACAGUAUUCUUUGGAACAACAGCUGGUUUCUCUGGAAUAUUGGCAAACUUUAUUUUCAGGAGUUGCUUCAAGGUUCAACAUGAUACUUUAAAGACAUAUGCAUCAUUGGCCUCUCUUCCAUUUUUGUCUACUUUGGUUACUUACAAAUUCCUUGUAACUGAUCCUUUAUAUUCCGGUAAUAUAAGCCAGGAAAAUUGUGCUCUGAGAAGUUCACUUGUUGGCAUAAUAUGUGGUGUUUUGUAUCCCAGUGCUUUGGCUUUUUCUAAAAGUGGGCGCCUGGCAGUCAAGUAUCAUACUGUUCCAUUGCCACCAAAAGGAAGAGUUUUACUUCACUGGACGUUGCUUUGUCAAACACAGAUAAAAGUAAUGGCAGUACCUCUAGCCUUUCAAAUCAUCUUCGGAAUAGUUCUUGGUCUAAAUCAUUAUGCAGCAUUUGAAAGUACAGUUGAGAAAACUGUAAAUAAAGACUAAUCAAAGAAUAAAAAUACUACGAAGUCAGUAAAAUUGACUUUUUAUAAUGAGGACUCAGUUACUGCUGAAAAACUUAAAGGAUCCCUGGAUAGACAGUGUGUUUCUAUUACUUUUGCCUAGUGUAACAUGAAUUCAAUAAACAUUCGUAAUUCUGAAUAAAUGUUGCUUUUUUC